GAAUAAGAGAAACAUAAAUCUCCUUCACCUCCUUGUCUAACAGCCAGCUUAAUAUUACUGCCACAGUUACUUAGCGUCUUAUAGCUAGCCAGCUAACUAAUGUUACUGUUUUUUACCGCUAGUCAUUAGAUAUUUGGGUAGUUAGCAAGCUAAUUGUUAGUUAGCUAAUUGUUAGUUAGCUAACGUUAACCAUAACUGUUCAUUAGCAUCUUAUAGCUAGCCAGCUAACUAAUGUUACUGGUUUUAGCUGGUUAGUUAGCUAACUUUGGUUAUUAGUUACUGCCUCAGUAGUUGUUUUUAUUCCGUGUUUUUUUCAGUCAGCCUCUGCCUGUAAAACACCCCUGAGCUGAAUUCUGUGAGGAGAAAUGGACUGGUUUCACUGUAAUAACUGUUUCUUGAGAAAAGGGAAGAAGUUUGCUGUGACAAGUUGUGGCCAUAUACUCUGUGAGAGCUGCAUCCAUCCAAGUCGCUGCACUGUGUGCCAAGCUACCUGCAACUACCUGCCCAUAUCAGACAAGAUGAAACCUCAGGAAAAGAUGUUCUUUAUGGACCCAGUGAACCUCAUUCAGACCCGUCUGGAACACAUUGCACAGAUUGCAUUGUUUCAGAAGAAGCAGAAAGAAAGGGUCAUAGCCUUCCACAAACAAAAAUGUGCUGAGCUGGAAAGAAGGUUGAAAGAAAUCAGAGAGCAAUGCUACAGGCAGGUGUCAGAACUCAAGAAGGAAAACACUGAACUGAAGAAGCCUCUUUCUCAGUGGAGGACAUCACCUGGGGACGUUCAAGCUAAUAGGAAUCAUGUUGUCAGUCCUUUUGCCUGUUCUAGAGGUGGUCUCAGAAUGACGCUACCAGUGGGUGUUACAGCCCCAGUCACUCCUCGAUCCAGAACUGUGAGCAACCCAAGUUCUGGUGAUACAAUGGAGAGGUUUCGAAACUCUAGACCUGUCAGGGCGACUCCACCAGAAACAGCCACCCCUGUCUCCACACUGAGUUCCCUGCACGAGCAUGGAUUCAGGACACCCAGCUCAGCCAGCACACCCUUGAGAUCAGACCACAUAACCCCAAACAUUUUCCAGUUUCAGCUUUUGUCUAGGCCAACACUUCAGUCACCUCAGCCAUGGAAUGUGUAAAUAGGUAUCUUACAAAGAUGUUAAAAAAUAAAACUGAUUACCAUCAGUUCUUUCUGUAGACAACAGCACGGCAGUUUUGCCUUUUGAAUUUAACAUUAAAAUGUUGUUAAUGGUUACACAGCAAUUUAAACAAAAUUACGAAAACAUGUUCACUUUUAUUUUUAUACUAUGUGCAAUGUUGGUUAAUAUGUGUCAGCAGCUGUAGCAGAAAAAGCUCUGAAAAACUGUUUCAAUGUUUGUUUUCAUUAAACAUUGCAGUGAAAUAUC